CGCUUUCCCUCUCCCCUGAACUCGGAGCUACUCUGUAAAUCGGUGUUGUUAAAGCUAACGAUGGCAGCGGCGGCGGGAUGCGGCUCGGCGGCCGCGGCUGCUGGCGGUGCGGCGGGUGGCGUGGCCGCGGCGCGGGGGCGCUUUCCCGGGCGGCCCUGGUCGUCGCGGAGCCGCCUGCGCUCGGAGAGGCGGUGGCAGCUCGGUCGCUCGGGCACGGAGCAGGACGACACUGGCGGCGGAGGCCCGAGGCCCGCAGGCUGCCUGGCGCUUGCGUGCGGAGAGGACCCGUCUCACCUGCGCCUGCUGGGGAUCGAGGCGAGCUACAAGAGCCUGGGGGAGGCCGGCUACAGCUCGAGUGGAAGCGAAGAGGGAUCUGAAUUCAAAGGUUUCGAAGCUGAAAAUGAAAGCAAGAGUGUUCUUGAACAGUCCAGAAGAAAUCGUCCCAAAUGUAACCGGGCAUCAACACAUUCGUCAAAAAGGGUACGUCGGAGACCAGCUCCUGCAACAGCCCCAGCUGUGGAGAAGAGUCAAGCAACUCCCAAUGAUUCUGGAUCUGUGCAGGAGCUUCACAACACAGAGUCUUCUAAUGCUGUUUCGACUGAAGAUGCUGUUUCUGGCUCAGAUAAGCUAACAAAACAAAGACGCAGAAGAGGCUCUGUGAAAGACGAUGCUUCAUCUGCUCCAAGGAUCACUAUCAAGUUAGUGACUAAGAGGAGAGUUAAGGUAGAUGCAUCACAGAAGGCUGAAACUAAGGAAAAUCAGUGUGCCAUAGUCUCAUCUGCACAAGUGAAAUUAAAGAGAGGCGCAAAAGCCGCAGAAAGUGGUUCAGCUGAGGUAAAGGAAGAGGUCAUCACAAGAAGGCGAGGGAGAUCUGCAUCCAUUCAACAGAGUGCGCCAGAUGCAAAGGUUGAUGACCAAAAAGUAGAGGAAAAGUUGAGGAAGCCAACCCGCAAAACUCGUUCAACAUCAUGUAGUGACGUUGUAGAGCCAAACACUGGUGCAAAUAAGACCGAAGCAACAGACAGCGUCUCACAAGAAAGCCCAGAAGUUAAAAAGCUUGUGAUUCGGAGACGGAACAAAUUAGACUCAAGCCGGGUUGAGCAAGCCGGAGACCACAAAGAUGAGGCCAAGUUGUCAGAGUCGAUUUUAGAGGUGUCGACGGUUGAGGAGCCUAAACCACCUUCUAGAAAGAAAAAGAAAAAACGGAAGAAGAGAAAUCGGAAAGACAAAGUUACAGAAAAGGGUGAUGAAACCUUGGAUGCUUUGUCUCAGCAAACGACAGGAGACUCACUAGCGAACAAUUUUGUGGGAAUCCCAGGCUUAAAAUUGACACGAAUACGAAACCCAAAAGCCAGGUCACGCAAGAAAUGCAGCAAGUUUAUUUGGACCCUAACCCUCGUAAAGUGCAAAAGCAAAACUGUUAGUCCACCAACCCAAGAAAAUCUAAGCAAAGCACCAGAAAGCCUUAGCAAAGAGACAGAAUGUCCCUCAAAAUGUGCAAAAGACCUAGAUGUUUCAGCAGAAACAACAUCUAGUCCAGCUGACACUUCAGAGAUUAGUGUUCUGCAGGAGCAAGAAAGUAAGGAAUUGUUAAACACUGUUAAUAUUUCCAACAGCCCAGAAAGUACAGACAUCACAGAGAAAGAUGAUGAGAUCUCAAGAAAGGCUGAGGUGACCUCUGAAAAAGGCGAGGAGGAGACGUCAAGAAAGGAUAACAAGGAGGAGAUAUUGAGAAAGGACGACGAUGUGUCCCCAAGAAUAAACGAGGAGACAAAGUCAACAAAUGAUGGAGAGGUGAACUCAGGAAAACAUGCUGAGACAAGUUUAAGAAAUGAAGAUGAGGUGACCAUAAGAAAAGAUGAAGAGGAGCCUCAGGUGUCUGUUGCGGCCGAGGUUGUGAAAGAAAUGCAUCCAGAGGCGGCCGCAAAGACGGAUGUGGAUCCGAUGGGUAUAGAUUUCGUACCUCCCCUACAGAUAAAGGUUGUGUCCUCACCAGGAAAACACAACAGCGUAAAGCAGUCAUUUUCAAUCCAGCAAGCUGCAACUCCACCUAAACUAACAGAGGUUUCGAAUGAAGCUGAUCAUCAGUCUCCAGCAGAAACAGAGAACCCGAUAGAAACUACAGCUCCUCCUCUGAUACCCAAGGCUAGGCAUAGAUUGAGUCUCCACUCUCCUCGGAAGAAGCGUGUAAGGGGUGUAAGGCAUAAACCUUGGACACCUUGCAAGAGAAAAUCUAAGAGUGCUCCUUCUGGUGAUGACCCCGAUUCUAAAAUGAUUGCUGAAACCGAGAGUUCUGUCACUGAGACAGAGGCUCCAUCUGCUGUUGUGGAAGCUCCAGCUGCUGUUGUGGAAGCUCCAGCUGCUGUUGUGGAAGCUCCAGCUGCUGUGGUGGAAUCUCCAGCCGCUGAGAUGGAAGCUAAAGUUGCUGAAAUGGAAUCUCAGACCACUGAAACGGAAGCUCCAGCCUCUGAAACUGAACCCAAAGUGGGGAAAUUACCACAGUUACGUGAAAAGCCUAAACCAAGGAAGUACUCUGGUGAGGCUUCUCUUUCAAAAGCAAAAGGGUCUCUCCCAAGAUGUGAAGCACCAAUGUCUGAGGCAAGCGAGCCUACAAGCGUCAAUUGUGCUGCACUUCCACCUCAACCUGCAACCGAAACACAGCCAGAGGUUAAGACUCAGGAGUCGCCAUCAGCUGAGACUGCUGAAGUCUUGGUUUUAGAGCCUCAAAUGCCCGUCCCUGAUCAAGCAGAUCCUCCUCAUCAUGCUCAGCAACCAAUUAAGCAAGGCAAGAAAAGGCGAAGAACUUUAAUAGGACAAAGGUUAAAGGCUCGCAGAAAAAGGUUGCCCCAAAGACAGUUAACAGAAGAAGGGGCUGAUGGUUGCCCAGCAGGUGUAACUUCUGAGCCAGCACGGUCUAAGGUAGUUGGCAUACUGAAAACAAAGUACAGAAAUAGGCACGUUCCAUCAAGUCUUCCUUACUCUCUUGAAGACAAAAAAAGGAGAGCAAAGCUUUUCGCACAGCAAGUGGAACGUGAGCUUUGUUCUUAUAGCAAUGAGGAAAAAGAAAAAGCUGCUGUUGAUGAAAAAACAGACGCUGAUUCUGUUGAGAUCCAACCUGGUAAAACUAAAUUUGUUAAAAACAUUAAGCAUUUUAUAAUGCCCGUUGUCAGUGCCCGGUCUUCCCGGGUAAUAAAAACACCAAAGAGAUUUAUGGACGAUGCUGACAUGUCGGAUCUACCACGGAGGAAUGCGCAGAAGAAAGGGCACCAGUUAGGGUUGAAUCCAAAAGCAAAGAAACGAGAUGAUGGCGAAGAGAAAGAUGAGCCCUCCUCUCUACCAUCACAGGACGAAGAAGAUCUUCUGUCUGAACUACCCGAAGCUCAGUUAGAUCUCGAUUUGUCUUCUGCUGAAGAAUCUAAGCUUGAGCCAGUAAAUGAUUUGGAAAACCUAGGCGAAGAUAAGUUCUCUGGCAAGAGAAAAUCACUACUCCGAGACCCGGGUUUUAAUUGGCAAGUACUAGAGCCUGCAGGUGCAGAGAUCUACAACUUUGACCAAGAUCUGGAAAGGGAGUAUGAGGCCUUGUUGUCCGCAGAAGAUUUCUCGUUUGAUUCACUAAUAGACCCACCUCAGAAAAAGAAACCUAGCAUGAAAUUCAAGAAGCCGCAAUCACACCUAAAGCUCUAUAAGAAACUCAAGGAUGAACUAAACUUUGGUUCAACCAAGAAAAAGCUCAAAAAGCUCCCAUCGGUUGACACAGGGAAAACUGUUUUACCUCCUGCUGAGCCACCGAAGGUGGAGUCGGAGAAAGAAACCAGUUUAAUUCAAUCUCUGUCUGAUAUUAAGGCAGAAAAGUCUAAACUGAAGAUUGAGGAUCUUGACACUCCAGGAGUUGUUCGUAAAGUAUCCAUCUGUGUGCGGGCCCUCAGCAACAAGUUGUUGGCACAACAGCAGGAAGAGCAGGCGGAUGACAUGCCGGAUGAAUUCUCCAUCCAUACAGACAUUUCACUUCCUAAAAAAUCAAUGGACAUCGAGAAAAUGUUUCAAGCUGAUUCAAGAGAUCAGAAGGCAGAACGAGGCUUUGAUCAAAAGAGAGAGGACGUCAUCGAGUCAAAGGAGAAAAGCACCAUUCUGCGUCCUCACCUCUCUUGUGCCAACAAGCGCAUGUUCAACCUCCUCAAGAAGGCCAAGGUUCAGCUCAUCAAGAUUGAUCAGCAAAAACAACUCAAGUCAUCAGGGCUCCUGACAGAAGGCCGAAUCACAGCUGGGAAAAGGCAGAUCCGGAAACCAAUUACGCAACCGAAGGAUUCCUGUCCCGACAACACUGUUGCUUCUCCAGAGCCGGAGCCGGUAAGAGGAGGUCCACGCAUCAAGCAUGUUUGCCGAGCAGCAGCUGUGGUUCUGGGGCAGCCUCGUGCCAUCAUCCCAGACGAUAUCCCCAGACUGAGCGCUCUUCCACUGCAUGAAAGAUCAGGCAUUUCCCCAUCACCUGCCACUAAAGAUACAGAGUCACAUUCAGACCCAGACAGCCCCAUAGUGCAAGAGCAGAGGACGCCCAAGUUCCGCAAAGCCCGUGCACACGCACGUCGAUGUGGCCAGUGUAAAGGCUGCCUCCAUGAAGAGGACUGCGGCAAGUGCAUUAACUGCCUAGACAAGCCCAAAUUUGGUGGCCCUAACACCAAGCGACAGUGCUGUGUGUUUAAGAGGUGUGAUGAGGUUGAAGAAAGGAAGGCCAUGAGACUAUGUGGCAAAGGACAAAUGAAGAGGCGUCGCUCAUUAGUGAGUGCUGGUCACUCGAGUAAUGAGGAGUGUGAAGGGACAGAGGCACCUUCUGUAGGAGGAGACAGUCAGAGCCCAUCAUUACGAAAGCAACCCAAACGCACUGUUAAACCACGCUACUACUGCGAUCUGCUGGAUUACGACUCUGACCUCGACCCGGACAUGAACAGGACACCACACUCAACCUCACCAGCCCGGAGGAGAGCACCUGGUCCACGCAACAACGCAGACUUUGUGUCACUGGAUGACUUUGUUGGUGAUGGCCUGGACGAGGGAAUACGACAUCGCAGACCUGGGUUUAACAGAGUUCCACCCAUCAGGCGGAAAGCCGAGAAGAGUCCUCAUGAGCAAACACCACCCAGUGUCCUGGCAGCGCUGGCUAACGGUUUUUCCGAGAGAGUAAACGAACCCUCUGAGCCCACAUACAAGAUCUGUGUCGACUUUAAGGAGGACUGCAGCCUGCAGAGUGUUUGGUCGACCGGUGGAUUGAGCAUCCUCACCUCUGUGCCUCUCAUGCCUUCAUCUGUGUGCCUGCUGUGUGCCAGCAAAGGACAGCAUGAGAUGUUGUUCUGCCAAGUGUGUUGCGAACCUUUCCAUCACUUCUGCUUGGAGCCGUCAGAGCGCCCGGUGGAUGAGAACAAGGAGAACUGGUGCUGUCGUCGCUGCAAGUUCUGCCGUGUAUGCGGUCGCAAGAACAGACACUCCAAACCUCUGCUUGAGUGUGAACGAUGCCAGAACUGUUAUCAUCCUGCCUGUCUAGGGCCAAACUAUCCCAAACCCAACAAGCGCAAGAGGCCAUGGGUGUGUAUGAUGUGCAUCAGGUGUAAGAGCUGUGGCGUGACUCCAGGGAAGAGCUGGGACACAGAGUGGAACCACGAUAAGGGCUUCUGUCCUGACUGCACUCGGCUGUAUGAUCAAGGUAACUACUGCACAAUGUGCUUCAAGUGCUAUGAGGACAAUGAUUAUGAGAGCCAGAUGAUGCAGUGCUCAAUAUGUAACCACUGGGUCCAUGCCAAGUGCGAGGGAUUGACUGAUGACCUGUAUGAGAUCCUGUCGAGUUUGCCAGAGAGCGUUGUGUACUCCUGUCAGCCCUGCACCCGAACACAGCCUGGUGUCGUUCAGGAGAGCGAGGAGGGAGGAGGAUGGAGGGAGCUCCUGCUGCUGGAACUCCGAGCCGGAGUGGAGAAGGUGCUGGCCUGCCUGCUGAGCUCUACUCUCACUCAGCACCUGGUCACAUGCAGCGAGUGUGCAGCUCUCAAUGAAAUUGGCGAUGGAGGUCACGGAGAUGAUCUUCCUGUGUGUGAUUUGCGUGCCGUAGGGAAAAAGUUUGACAAAGGUCUAUAUACAACACUGAAAUCUUUCCAUGAGGAUGUGGUGAGAGUGAUUCGCAAAAGGCUAGAGAUAGAGGAAACCUUACCAGAGGACCAAAAACCAACUGCUCUGGCUCGCUCUUACUAUCUGAAGCUUAUGGAAGAGGUUUUCAGCUGGUUCAACAGUCAAGAUCCAAAAGUAUGGGAUCCACGCUCCAAACAUUUGCCAGCUGGAAUGCUCUCGAAUGCUGUACUGCCACCAACAAAUGAGCAUGUAUUUGCCCAAUGGCGGGAACAGGAGGAGGAGAGCAGGACUGUGAACACCAAGCAAGGAGGAGGCCUUACAGAGGUCAAAGCGGAAGAUGGAGCAGAUAAUUCUACCCCUGUGUCUCGCAGGCCUGUCAGCGGCCAAUACAGAGACUUGAGCGUGAAACUCAGACUGACGGGGAAAAAAGCACGACCAUCAAGAGAAGAUCUGGACACUGGGUGGUCAAAGGAAGAUGAGCGGCAGUGUGUCUUGUGUCAGAAGUAUGGCGAUGCAAAAUCAAGUGAUGCUGGUCGUCUGCUCUAUCUUGGACAAAAUGAGUGGGCUCAUGUCAACUGCUCAAUGUGGUCAGCUGAGGUGUUUGAGGAGGAUAACGGCUGCCUGAUGCAUGUGCAUAGUGCAGUAGCUAGAGGUCGCCUUAUGCGUUGUGAACGAUGUAACCAGACUGGGGCAACAGUGGGCUGCUGCCUUACCUCCUGCCAAAGCAACUACCACUUCAUGUGUGCCCGGUCUCGCAACUGUGUCUUCCAGGAUGACAAGAAAGUCUUCUGCUACAAGCAUCGUGAUCUCAUCAGUGGAAAAAUCAUUACAGGACAAGGGUUUGAAGUUCUUCGAAGGGUUUACGUGGACUUUGAGGGGAUCAGCCUUCGCAGGAAGUUUUUGACAGGAUUAGAACCAGAAUAUAUUAAUAUGAUGAUUGGUUCUCUUCAAGUCAGAAAACUUGGGAAGCUUAAUGAAUUGUCAACUGUUCAAGGAAAACUUGUUCCAGUGGGUUAUGAAUGUUCUCGGUGGUACUGGAGCACAAUAAACCCACGUCGCCGCUGCAAGUACACAUGCCGGGUCAUGGAGUUACGACCACCAGUUCAGGAGAAGCCAGCAGAAGAGCUGGCUGACCAGGGAGAAAAUCGCACAAUUGCCCACAGUCCAUGUCCUCAACCAGAAUCUGAAACUAUGGCGGGAGAUGUGACACCAGCAAAUCCAAGUUUAGUAUCUCCCUUUGCUAAGCCAGACUCUGGUACUCGACCCAAAAAUUCAGCCUACUCCCUGAACAGAAGACCAGCCGGAGGACUAUCUAGACCACUACCAUCUCCAGGAGCAGCCCCUUCCAAGUCCCACCACAUUUUGACUAUAAGCGAUCUUGAUGACACCCGCAGACUACGGCGACAUACACCACAGAAUACAGGCAUUCGUGGGCACAGCACUUGCCCCUCCUUGGGAUCUCCGACUAGUUCAAUUAAUCUUCGUCCUGGGAGUUCUCAUCACUCUAAAACCACCCAGCCUACCUCCCCAAUUUUCCCGCUUGGUGCUACUGAAAACUUGUUGACCUCCUCGUCAGCCCGCCCUGUCAGUCGAAGCGCUUCCUCUGCCCGGGGUGCCGGAAUUUUGGCAUCCCAUUCUACCUCAGGACUCUUUCCAGAGCCCAUGUGGCAUGGUGGCACUGGCAGCACCCCUCCUUCUAACCGAUCCCUUUCCUCGCCUACCCACCUUUCAACAAGACCAAGGUUGCCUUUUGACCUUAAUCAGUUGGACUCUGCAGAACUGCCACACAAUUUCAUGGCAUCACCAAAAGAACUGCCUGCAGAAAAUGGAACCUCACCUUUAGGAGACACAGUGGAUCCGCAAAGGGGUAGUCACCUAGUCACUGACAAGGAAUUUCCCUUUACCCCCUUUCAGUUGGACACGGAUCUAACUGUGGUUUCAGAACUCAAAACCGAGCUUGAAAUUGAAGCAACAGUACUAAAUGAGGGAGUUGCAAUGAACUGUAGUGAACAGAUUGUUGUUGAAGGUGAAGAAGAUCAGGAUGAGUUUUGGGGUCCAAAUGCAGAGGUGUCUGCUCGAAGAUUACCUCAUACUACAGAGGAUUGGGGUAAUAGUUCCUCCGAUGAUGAUAUGGGGAACUAUUUCGACUUUUCACGCACUAUAGUAACUUGCAAAGUUCCAAGAGAAGCCUCAAAGACACCCCCUUCUGCCUCUAUAAAAUCAAUUUCACAACUCGAUGGUGUAGAUGAUGGAACUGAGAGCGAUGCAAGUGUAACAAGCAGUAAUACUCAAAAUCUAAAGAACCCAAGUCAGGUUCAGAAACCAUCUCAGACCCUUGAUGGUCAGCAUCAUAAACCGUGGAAUAGUAACGGGCUAUGUGUGGAACAACCACCAGCCAAACCAUUUAGCUCUCUGUCCUUAGUUAGUACUGCAGAUCAAAGUUCAAGCAGCCCAACACAUUCUGAGAUUCCACAAGAGACUAGGGGUUACACAAAGUCAGGUUUCCAAGAUACAUAUCAGAACACUGAUUUUAUUGGUCAGGCAUUUCAGUCAAGUCCUGUAGUACCCCCUCAGGAGACUUUAACUAAUUUUGUUGUGCCAAAGGAAACGGAUACAGCAUUUCCAGCUUUCAGUGAUGGCAUUCCAGGAUACAGUUUGCCUACAGAUCUGGGGUUACCUCUAAUUCUGGACAGAUGUGACCCCCCCUCACCCAGCACCUGUUUUACAGAGUUGGUUCCAGUUAAAGAAGAUUCUCAGAUUGACCCACAAGAAUCUACAGAGUCAAAAGAAAUGUACUUGGAUCAUAACAGUGGUCAUUUUGUUUCCUCCAUUGACGGUUCUAUGAUUUGCCCAAAUAACUUGUCAGGGGGUUCAACAGAAGCAUCCUUCACAAACACAACAAAUGAAAGCCAAGUUCAAGUGCUGCCCCAAUCGGUCUCUGUGUUAUCUACAGAAACAAGCAGUUCUACAGUUCAGCUUGCUCCAUGUUUGCAGCCUACUUUCAUGUCAUUUGCUAAUUCAUCAUCAUCUUCAAAUAUUACUUUACACCCUGUCCAGAUGACUGAAAAUAAGACAAUCCUCCCACCAAUGGAGAGUUUUCGUAGCAAACUGCUAUCCCCUUCAGACGUAGGCCAACAGCCAGUCCCAAGGGGAGUUAUUUCUGCUGAUUUGCCUGCUCAGCCUGAUUCAGUCCUUCAUGUCCAGUCAGGUACUGGUGUAGCCCUUGCAUCCCUAAGGGCAUUGCCGUCCCCAGUGUACCCCACUUACACACAACCCAUGGGUUCAGCAACAGUCAGCAUAGUCCCAUCUGUAAACUCCCAAACAUCUGCUCAGUGCCGUCCAAUGUCCUCCAUUAUUCAAACAGCACCAUGCCCAGUUGUUGUUAAUGGCUAUAGCUCUAUGCCUAUGCAAAGGGAAGCUGCCCCUGGACGUACAAUUUCCAUAAACUUUUCGACUCCAAGACCGACAUUGGAGCCUCAACAAACGAUGACUCAAGCAUUACCAGGACAUGCAAUUCUCACUGUGAAGGAGGUGGGUGGACCCAGUGUGGAUCCAACCCCUCAUGUUUUACUUGUUAAUCGUCUUGGACAAAUAUUUGUCAAAAAUCCUGAAAGCAACACUUUCCAGCUACCCAGUCCCACCUCGCCUUCCUACAACUGUGUUACACAGAUUGCCAGCCUUCUGCAAAGCAAUGCUCUCUCUGCUACUCUGGCAGCUGCAGGCAACUUACCUGCAGUUGCUGGAGCAGCCAUCACAGCCCAAGUCCCCAGAAUGGUAACGCCUGUGGUUCAGAACUCCAAUACAAUCACACAGCUCCUCACAACUAACAGCAAAGGAACAGUAGCACCAUUGGAAGCCCAGAAAACAAACCAAAAUGCUAAAGAAUCUACUGAAUGCUCUGUUCCUGGAAUAAAGAAGCCACGGAAAAAGAAGGAACCUGCAGCACCUCGGAAAGCCAAGGCAACUACUGUACCUGGGGCAUCUGGCAAGCCAGCAGACAAUCAUGCUGAGAGUGCUCAAGCUAUUAUUAACCAAGCUAUGGCCAGCUAUUAUGACCCCAGUCGUAAGGCUAGUCGAAUUCUGAGUCCUUCAUCACCUUGUAACACCACUGCUGGUGGCAGAGCCCAAUCACCAAGUUCCAUAGCUCUACCACCAGGCCUCCUUGUUGAACCAGAGUCCACAAAUUCUCCACCGUCUACCCCAAGCUCAGUAUCUUCUCGACCAAAGCAGGUUCGAAUGAAAAGGGUGUCCUCUCUCUCUGAUCGCAUUGCCACCAAAAAAUCAAAGUCUGACUUUUUAGAGCCAGAACAUUCCAGUGGUCCAGAAGAGCAACGCAAAUUAAAUUCAGCUGCUGCCAGGUGUGGGGGAGUUCGCAUUAAAACUCCAACUGUCAAAGGUAUCCUUGAUCUGGACAAAAUCAAUGAGGAGCAAAGUAGUGAUUCUGAAAGUGCAAAGCCAGGACUCUGGGAUCGUUUCUCUGUGUCCCGAGGUUGUGACAGCAGUAAACCACAGGCCUUGGACACCACAUGGUGCAGUUCACUGUCUGACUGGAACAAAUACUCAGGGAUGCUGUCUGGCUCAGAGGAUGAGAUGCCUCCAGAAAGUGAAGAGAAGCACCCUCCCAGAGGAGACCAGCCACACCUACGUGUUGAAAUCACUAGUGAGGAUGGUUUUAGUGUGGAGGCAGACAGCAUUGAAGUGGCAUGGAGGGCUGUGAUCGAUGGGGUGCAGGAGGCUCGUGCUGUUGCCAAGCUGAGACAGCUUUCCUUAACUGCGAUGACCGGGGCUCGUAUGAUGGGUUUACUCCACGAUGCUGUGGUUUACCUGGUAGAACAGCUUCAGGGGGCCAAGAGCUGCCAUCGUCACACUUUCCGAUUCCAUAAGCAGCCUAGCCAAGAGGAGGACUUGCCCAUUAACCCCAGCGGCUGUGCUCGCUCUGAGGUCUACCUGAGGAAAUCUACCUUCGACAUGUUUAACUUCCUGGCUUCCCAGCAUAGACAGCUUCCUGACACUGAUCUCUAUGAUGAAGAGGAGGAUGAAGUUCUUCUGAAAUCUAGCAGGCGAGCAACAAGUUUGGAGCUUCCCAUGGCAAUGCGCUUCAGACAUCUAGAAAGGACAUCCAAAGAAGCUGUUGGUGUUUACAGGUCUGCUAUUCAUGGACGAGGGCUGUUCUGUAAGAGAAACAUCGAAGCUGGUGAAAUGGUCAUUGAGUACUCCGGCAUUGUCAUUCGCUCCGUUCUGACAGACAAGCGGGAGAAAUACUACGAUGGGAAGGGCAUUGGCUGCUACAUGUUCCGCAUCGACGACUUUGAAGUGGUCGAUGCAACCAUGCACGGCAACGCGGCGCGAUUUAUCAACCACUCGUGCGAGCCCAACUGCUAUUCCCGCGUCAUCAACGUGGAGGGCCAGAAGCACAUCGUCAUUUUCGCCUUACGCAAGAUCUACCGUGGCGAAGAACUAACCUACGACUACAAGUUCCCCAUUGAGGAUGCCAGCAACAAGCUCAGCUGCAACUGUGGAGCCAAGCGCUGCCGCCGCUUCCUAAACUGAGUUGGACCCUUUAGAAGAUCCUGAAGAGCGCAGGGGGGAAAGCAGACAGGCAAUAAUACAGAGGCACAGCGGACUGUGGAAAGCACAGAGUCCAUGAAAAGUCCAUGAAUCCUCACUAGCAGUGGUUUUAAAUGGUGUCCUAGAAAUUGGGAUUGAAACAACCGGAAAUCAACUGGACAGAUCCAGAUACAUCGUAAGGAUGUGCGCGUGAUUCACAAGCACUCCAUCUGAAGCAGUGUGGUUUUUAGAAGCACCUGCUUUACAGUCUGAGCAUUUUUAUUCCAGUCCACAAACAAAGAGUUCUGCUUCAUGCUUCCCUUUUUACAACACAGAGGUCGUGCAGACUAGUGAUGCGCUAGAAGAUGCACACUCCUCCGAAUAGAUUGCUAAUAUUUGUCAAAUUGUUGCUGCUGAAAAACUACUUUGGCUCAUGUAGGGAACCUGUAUUAGGUGUUCCAGGUGUUUUUUUGUUUUUGAACUUGUGCACGAGCAACAAUUACAGUGAUUGUCUGGCUGAUCAAAGUCUAAGUGGUUGGUACAACAGUUUUAGCUACUAAAAUAGUUUCAGUUCUGCUAAAUGGAUUGUGCUGACCCUCCUGCAGUCCGUGGCCUCUAAAAAAAAAAAAUUUGACUCCGGCUUUCUCCUGCACUUAGAAAGAAGUGCAAAUAGAUGUACAGGAGUUUUGUGGCAGUGAGAAUAUACUGUACCUGAAUGAAUAUAUGACUAAUCAAGAGAUAUAUCUAUAUAUACUUUUAACUGAGAUGUUUAUCUGUGAUGCUCAUGCUAGAACAUAGUAUAGGACUUGAUGUUUAGGAGAAGAAAAGGCUUUAUUCUGCUCAGGAAGAUGCUGUGAACCCCUGCAAUACGCCAUCACCAUCCAUUCCGUUUGUAAAAUCAUUUAGUAACACGACUUUUUUUUUUAUCGAAAGUCUCAAAUCAGCCUUUAAGCUCUCUUCUUCAGACGCCACUGCUGUAAUAUCUCAUUAGAAAACUCCCACUAGGCCUGUGUAUAUUAUUUAUUCUUUUUACCAUGUUGAUUUUUUUAUUUUAUUUUUUUUUGUCCCAAUUCAUGACUAUGAUUAAUUUAAUCAUGGAGAAAAUUUUGUCUCCCUUCUUGGGACCCUGCUGUUUUUUUUUUUGUUUGUUUGUUUGUUUGUUUUUUUUUCUCUUUCUUUUCUUUUCGUUUUUGGUGUCGGCUAAUUUUGCUCAUUUUCCUAACCUUUGAAUUCUUUAUGGUGCUAAACUUAACAAAAGUCUUGAAAUUUAAGUGGGAAAUCGCACAUUUCAUCAUCUUCGUCAUUCUUCGCAGUGUAAGACACUUCAUUGUGAAUCGCUCAAGUACUUGACAGAAAAAAGGUAGACUGCCGACAAUGUUAUUUUUUUUUUUAGAGGCGUCACAAGGUGUGGAGAAAGGAGACUUUUUACCCCCCCCCCCCCUCUCUGCUGUCUGCAUUAAACACUACUUGAGCUAACUAGGGAUAGUCACUUUGCAUCUUAUACAGUUCUUGUGUUGAGUUUUUCUCAUCUAUGUGACAGUUGCGCAUACCUACACGUAAUGUACAUCUAUACAAAUCACGGUCCCGAUCAAUUACUCAAGAAAAUCUCUCAGAAGCAACUUUUUUUUUUUUUUUUUUUAAA